GUUUGAUCGUUUAAGAUAUUUUAUUCCCAGAUAUUUGGAAGAUAUUAUAAUGACAUUCGAAACCUUCUGGUCUCUGCUACUUGUUGUGUUGGACUCAAGAUGGCGAUUUGAUUCUGCGCUUAUCAGAUCUUACCAUGCUGUUCUGUUGGCAAAUCGGAUUGAUCGUCUUAACUAUCUUCUUGAUUGCACUUUUCAUUUGGUAGAAUGUGAUGAUGAAAAUUCAUGA